ACGCGCUAAAAUACAUCCGUUCAAGUUGAUUCCAUUACAAUGUUUUUACAUCAUUUUACACUUGAAAUGAAUGUAAUGUUUGAAUUUGAAUGUUGUGGUAAUUUCACUAGGCUUGUGAUUUUAAUGAAUGAGGAUAAUUCCAUCGUAUACUACUGAAACAGUGUUAGGGUACAGGUACUUUUUGUCCAGAAAAGAGGGCUCUGAUUCAGCAUGGCAAGAUUAUGUAAAGAAAUGAAUUCUCUCUUCUCGGAAUUUGUUUUGAAAAACCUACGUCUAUGUGGUUUCCAUACUGUCUUUGAUUUUUUAGAAGAAAAUCCAGAAAAUUUGGUUCGCAUUACCAAACUUUCUUAUAAGGAUAUUGUGCUUCUUCGGCAUAACAUUAUUGCCAAUUUUUCUGCUUUCCAAAGUAGUGGAAAAACAGCUUAUAAUGAAAUUGUUACAAAUUCUGCAAUGGUUUCUACAGGAAUUGAACGCCUUGAUGCACUUCUGGGAGGAGGUAUUCUCACAGGCAAUAUUUAUGAAGUAUGUGGUUUGUCUGGUAGCUGCAAAACACAGCUAUGCCUUACAAUUGCAAUGAAUAUUGCUCUCAGUUUGAAACAAAAAGUGUAUUACAUUGAUGCCAAGUUGGAUUUCUCCAGUCGCAGAAUAUUUUCUAUGUUGGAAGAAAAACAAAUAGAAGAGACAGAUGUAACUGAAACAUUGAAAAGAAUAGAAGUUGUAAGGGUAAAAGAUCUGUAUCAGCUCUUCUCAUUUCUUCAUACUUUGCGAGAAAACCUAGCUCAGCGAGAGUUAGAAAGUUCUUUUGUAAGAGUUAUCAUCCUGGAUUCUUUACCUGCAGUAUUUUUUUCAUUUCUCAAUGACACAAACAAUGAAGGUAUUGCUUUGAAGAGUCAGUUAGCAAAUACAAUGAAGCAUAUUGCAUUGGAAUGUCAUGUUGCCUUUCUUCUUGUAAAUCUUGCAUCUAGACAUUUUGAUGAAAUAGAGAAUUUACCUGACCCUGACCUAACUGUUUCAUCUGUACAAACAGAAAUAGUGAAACCUGCUCUAGGCAAGCAGUGGCUUCAUAUUCCAAGUACUAGGUUACUCUUGAAGAAGGUGGAAUCUCAGGUACAUGUAAGCAUAAUAAAAAGCAUAAAUAUUCCAUUAUGUUCUUCAUGCAUUCUGAACAUUAAAGAUGAAGGGUUAGUUUAACAUGAGUGCAGUUCAGGAAAUCCAUACGAAUUAUAGAUGUAUGUAAACAAUUGAAAUAAAGAUUACUUUUAUUAUUUCUUUUUAUUUAUAUUCUUGUUUCAUUACAAAGUGAAGAUAUUGCCACAAGUUAGUGAAGAUCAGGUAGUGAUUUACAAAGGUCAAGAAUUCACAUAAUUGUGUAUACCUACAUAUCUGAGUAUGAACAAUUUGCAGUUCUGUAUUAGUGAAUAUCUUACAUGUUCAACUGGAAGUAUUGUAAUUUUCUUAGCAAUGCAAAUAUAUUUCAUUGGGAAUGUAUGAGAAGUAAUUUUUUUCAACAGCAAUUGCCCUUUUUGAAAAAAUGAUGUGCAAAUAUAUUAACAAAACAGCUUUUCUUGUUAUUCACUGAAGUUUUGGACUGAAAAUGUAUGCUAUAUGUUAUUGUUAAUGAUUAUUGGUUAUAAAUAAUUUACAGUGGAUUGUUUGUUAAAUAUAUGAUAAUGAAGUUAAAAUAAUUGAUGUAUGAAACUAGAAAAAGUCAUUUUAAUAAAAUGUUAUUCCUAG